GCCGUCGCUCCUUUCUUUCAUCCAACCCACUCAGCAGCAGAUAUGCUCGCCAACGCUUUCCGUUCAUCCAGGACUUCCCUUUCCAUCGCGUCCCGACACGCCUCUACGACGCGUCUAGCAUUCGCGCGUCAUGAGUCUACCGCUGUGAGCGAAAAGCUCAAGGAAGCACGCAAACUCAAGGACAAACUCCAAAAGGACUGGCGGAACCCAGUACUCCUCUACUCUGAAGUGAAGCCACGUACAUUGAACCCAAGUGCAGACGCAUACCUUAUAGACGUCCGGGAACCGGAUGAAGUGGCUCAGGGCUCCAUCCCUUCGUCAGUAAACCUGCCACUGUCUGUGCUCGCCAACUCGAUGCACCUUGCACCGUCAGUGUUCUACGCACAACAUGGAUUUCAAAAGCCGAGAAAGGACCAAGAAAUUAUCUUUUACUGCCGCUCGGGGGUGCGCAGCGCCAGUGCUUGCGACGUCGCUAAGCGUAACGGGUUCCAAAAGUCCUGAAUUACCAGGGCUCCUGGCUUGAUUGGGUAUCGAAGGAAAGCGAGAAGCUCACCACCGCAUGAUGGCUGAUCGUUUUCUCUGGACUAGACCUUCUUAGACACACCCACUUGGACUUGUACUAUAGCCAACGCAUCAUCUUCAUCUGUAUUCCGAAUUUCGGGGCCUUAGAAUAGCGUGCUGGAGUGUGCGUGCUGUGAAUCCGCGAUUGCGUCUUAGGAUUUCCCGAGCUCGGCAUGUAGGACACCCGAAUGCGUCAUAUCGUCAUCUCUUCACAGACAGGACCUGAGUUGGACCCCGGAUGUCCGGGCCAUGUCGAUGCACCGCCACCCGAAAGCGUCCUUUGCAUUUACACCCGCACCAUGCUCGCCCGCAAUAUAGUCAGAAGAGCGCAGAGAACAGUCUCUGUUUCGUCAGUGGCAAAACCUAUAGUGUCAAGAUCCCUUUCUCUACGCUCCCAUGAUUCUCUCCGCAGACCUAACUCGCUUGUGUCUCGAUUGCACGAGCGCCGUAUGAGUACCCCUGCGCCGCAACUGAAUGUUAGUGAAUUAUCAACGGAGACCUAUCAUGAGCUUUCCGAUACGACCAUGAACAUCAUGCUGGAGAACCUGGAAGAACUGUUGGACAACUCUGGUCAGUCCACAUAUGAAAUCGAAUACGAGAGUGGGGUCCUCACCCUCGGCCUCGGGGACCAUGGAACGUACGUGAUUAACAAGCAGCCGCCAAACAAGCAAAUAUGGUUAUCUUCACCAUUCAGUGGUCCAAAGCGAUACGACUAUGUCCCGGCCGAGGACGAUUGGCGGUACUCCCGUGAUGGAAGUGGACUGGGAGAACUACUCAACGAGGAGCUGUCGCGGGUGUUCGAGAAAGAGGUCGACUUGCAACUUGAUCACAUUUCCGAAAAGGUCGAGUGAAUAAUGAGUUUGUAGGUGUGCAUUCACAUGCGUUGUCGGCUUCGCACUAGAUGGCGCAUGUUAAAGUAUCUGUGUUGAAUGCCAGGAUACCAAGGAUACAAACGUAGAAAUCAGUGAGAAUAUUUGCGUGCAAGAAGUAAAUAACGAAUGUUAGUGGAGUAGUGAGGAGGUGUCGAUGACAAAUACCAGGAUGGGGUUAUGCUGCAGACGGUACCACAAAUGCAAGUUGCGACAUAAUUACACGAUAAGCGCGUUUACAAUCCGAGUGGCGCAUCCAAGGGACCGUAGUCAAGAGGGAAAAGUUCACGUCUCCGAGAGAGAAACAAAGAUCCUAGUAAUCUAUUAGUAUCUUCAUACCGCUCUUUGACCAACUGCACUUCUUGUCCACUACCCGCUGAGGGAGGUUGCACAGAAUCGACUUGCAGAUGUGGGUGCGUCUCGGAACGAGAAG